AAGUUUGAGCUAAAAGGGAAAGAUGAAGGCAGUAUCAAUUGAAGCUGGAGAGGGAUCAAAGGCCAAAAGAGUUCAUGGAGUAAACAGAGGGAUCUCUGUAUUUGAUCUCAUUUUACGUAUCGUUGCACUUGUUGGAACCUUAGCAAGUGCUGUGGCAAUGGGUACUGCAGAUCAAGCACUUUCAUUCAGUACACAGAUUGUAAAUUUUGAAGCUCAAUAUGAUGAUAUCGACGCGUUUAAGUUUUUCGUGGUUUCGAAUUCUAUAACUUGUGUAUAUCUUGCACUUUCUAUCCCUAUUUCAAUCUUUCACAUUAUCAGAAGUAGAGCAGGAAAGAGCAGAGUUUUGCUCAUUGUUCUAGACGCGAUAAUGCUGGUUUUCCUCACAUCUGGAGCAUCUGCAGCAGCCGCGAUUGUGUAUUUGGCACACAAUGGCAACACUUCAACUAACUGGUUUUCGAUAUGCCAACAGUAUACAGAUUUCUGUCAGCGUUCUGCUGGAUCCCUUAUUGGUUCGUUUGGUGCAAUGGCCUUGAUGGUUCUACUUAUUAUUUUGUCAUCUAUCGCGUUAUCCAGGCGCUAAAAGUGUCAUAAAAGGAGACUGGCUACACUAGCAAUUGCUAGCCUUUGUGUUUAUUUCUGAGUGUGUAUUGUGUUUGUAAAUGUUUAGUUUCAUGAUUUGCAUUUCAUUGUAUCAAGAUUGUCAUCAGUUGUAUCACAAAUGAAAAGAUUUCCUCCUUACUACAAUGUUUUCGUC